GUUAAGAGAGAGAGAGGAAGAAAGAAAACAAAAUUUUGAAAGGGCCCAUAACAUGUCCUCUCUAACGUCAACAUCAUCUGCUACUAUUACUUUCACCCUCUCAUCAAACUCACUCAACCUUUCAUCUUUCUUUCUUAUUACAUAAUUCUUCAGAUCCAUAAAACAAAUUGAUCCCUUAACCUUCUUCACCAACAUCUCUCUUACACUCAACAAGAGAUCAUAUCAUGUCCUCUCCAAGAGAAAGAGGAAAGAGUUUGAUGGAAUCAUCAGGAUCAGAGCCACCGGUGACACCAAGCCGUUACGAGUCGCAGAAGAGACGUGACUGGAACACUUUCGGACAGUACUUGAAGAAUCAGAGACCGCCUGUGCCGAUGUCUCACUGCAGCUGUAACCACGUGCUUGAUUUCCUCAGGUACUUAGACCAGUUCGGUAAGACAAAGGUGCACGUGCCUGGCUGUAUGUUCUACGGCCAGCCUGAGCCACCAGCUCCUUGCACGUGCCCUCUCAGACAAGCUUGGGGAAGUCUUGACGCUUUGAUCGGACGGCUGAGAGCGGCUUACGAGGAGAACGGUGGACCUCCGGAGACUAACCCUUUCGCUAGCGGAGCGAUAAGGGUUUAUCUGAGGGAGGUUAGGGAGUGUCAGGCUAAGGCUAGAGGGAUUCCUUACAAGAAGAAGAAGAAGAAGAAGCCAACGCCGGAGAUGGGAGGUGGGAGAGAGGACUCUUCUUCCUCCUCCUCUUCCUUCAGCUUCUCUUAAGAGAUUCUCCAUCGUCGUGAAAGACUUUGUGAACUUGGCAGGAUCAGUAAGUCUCAAAGAGGGAUCAAAUGUAAAAGAGACCUCAAAUCUAUCUACUGGUAUCUUCAACAUAUCUUUCGGGACCAUUUUUGCAGCUCUUCGUCCCCUCCUCUUCAUUUCCGCAGAUCUCCGUCGUCAUAAAUAUCUUCAUCUAUUCUCUUAUUAAGCUCUAUUCAUAUUUAUUCUCUUAUUAAGCACUUUUCUUUUGAAUAAAGUAAGUGUAAAGAGUUUAUAUAUUGAAUUCAGGUGUGUUUUGUACUUCUUAUGUGGAUCAGCGUACUUCUAUGUCUUAUAUAAGUCCAACAUAUUGGAUUUAAAUGAAAAUUACAAUGGACUAUAUAUGGUGGAAUAGCAGAGUCCGAUGACCAAUUAUAAUUUUUGUUUUUGGAGUAUUCUAAAAUUGAUGGAUCGACGUAAUUAUA